AGUAACUGUGAGCCAUGCCGCGCCACGGAUAAAGUAAAAGCGAGCGCGCGCCUCGUCGUCAGCAGCCAGUGAUCUCACACACGCGCGCGCGCGCGCACACACACACGGGGAGGGAGAAUACUAGCCGAGUACGAAGUCGUGCCAAAUGUAUCGUAGUGACGGACACUGACCGCACAGGAGCUCGGGAACGAUAGAAAUUCCUGUCGCAAAAUAACGCGAAUAUUAAAGCCGCGCAUCGCCGCACGCUUCAUCCUCUGAAGAAGAGAAAGACGGAAGGAAACAAGAGCGGGAUUUUAGCGGGGAGUUUCGAAGCGACUGUUUCUCUUGCACUGUAUACGACCAAAAAAUCGGCAAAAUAGAGCACAUAACGUUCAAGAUGCCUCGGGUGGUCCCGGAUCAGAGGAGCAAGUUUGAGAACGAGGAGUUCUUCAGGAAGCUGAGCCGCGAGUGCGAGAUUAAAUACACGGGUUUCCGAGACCGACCCCACGAGGAGAGACAAGCCCGCUUUCAGAACGCCUGCCGGGACGGCCGCUCGGAGAUAGCUUUUGUGGCAACCGGCACCAAUCUCUCGCUGCAGUUCUUCCCCGCCAACCUGCAUGGUGAGCAAAGGCAGAUGCCCAGCCGAGAGUAUGUGGACUUCGAGAGAGAGACGGGAAAGGUGUACCUUAAGGCCCCGAUGAUAUUAAAUGGAGUGUGUGUGAUAUGGAGAGGCUGGAUUGAUCUGACCCGUCUGGAUGGGAUGGGUUGUUUGGAAUAUGAUGACGAAAGAGCACAGCACGAGGACGCUCUGGCGCAGGCUGCCUUUGAGGAGGCUCGCAGGAGGACUCGUGAUUUCGAGGACAGGGAUCGUUCGCACCGUGACGAAUUGGAGGACCCUGUGGCAUCAAAAAUCUGGGACUGAUGGCAUUCACGGACCAGGCCCAGGCGACAGCAGGACCCCAGCUCUGGCUCCAACAUGGGCAACACUGACGAUCACAAGAUGCGCUAAUGGCAAUCAGCAAUCCAGUGGGCAGGGAAAGGGUGACACCGUCUCCAUCACAACUCAUCACAACUCCAUCGCCCCAAAUAAUUACACAAGAGACCAAAGUCCUAAGUCGGGGGGGUGGGGGAGGGUUUCAUAGCGCUCCCUUGCUAAAACGUUCUAACAGGGUGUGUGUUGGUUUGGGCUGGUAUUAACCUGAUUAUGGGAGAAUUGAUGCCCCCUCCCCUCACCCCUUUCUUUUCUUUGGGUUUUGCACUAUAUGAUACCUUUAAAUAAGUUCCCAUGAUGCCUUCCAGUAAGUGUUCCUACAUACAUUUUCUUUCAUCCCCCUAUGCAAGCUAUCUUAUUUUAAUUUUUUGGCACUAUUGUAAUGAAAUGGCAUUCUCAUUAUUUUUAUUCAUAUUUGUUUGUGUGAAAGUCAAUAUGUUUACUUUUUUGUAUUUUUUUUUAUUUCAUUUCUAUAUAUAACGUGUGUGUCCUUAAGCUUUUGUAGGAGAAACCAGUAAAUGUUGCUAGUUAAAUUUGUGCUAUUAGGUAGGGAAAAAACAGCAAAACAAAAAGUCAAAAAAGCUGCUGAUCUUGUUGACAAGGAAGGCUUAUGAUUUUGUCAUCAUACCCGACGCUCUCAGCAUCUUCCAGUCUUUUCUUGUUGGCGUACAUCAAAACACACUUUGAAAGCACCAAGCAGCAGGAAGCACAUAUUAAGGUCAACCAGCUCAUAUCGGCUUCCACCUUCUUUUAUUAAAUUUUGUUGCGUUUUUCAUGUUUGUACCAGUUCAGGAUCUUUUUUUCUAUGCCUUGACAGAAAAUGUAGGCUAUCUUUCUUUUCCUCCUACUGGUGCUGCUUGUUUGAACUCACUGCGGAAAAUAUGAGCAAAAUAUGCAACAUUACCUUUUUAAGUUAAAUCAUAAAAUGAUGAAAUAUUUCAAGACCUGUUUCUGAUUUGGCUUGCUUCAGGAUUUUAGUUCUUUUUAAGAUUGUGGAGCUCUUGUUAAAAACACAGGGUGACCGAUUUACUCGAGGAGGAUGAAGAUUGGUCUCAUUAGUUAUAAAGGAAAUUUUUCCGAAGCUAAUGAAUUGAAAGUUGAAAGACAAGUCGAGUUGGAAAUGUAGCCCCAAAAAAAGACAUUAUGCAUUUCUGUAUGUAUCAAAAUUAACUUAAAAUGAUAUUAAUGUAUUUGAGUUUUAAAUAUUUGUCUGUUAUCUGUCUGCUACACUUAAGCUUUUCACCAAAAUGUUCAUAUUGAGGCUUUUAUAAUUCAGUGGUCUAAGGUGAUGCUCCCAAAAAUAAUAUUGCCUUAAGAACACACUAAGCAAAACUUAGUGGCCAAACAUACAUUGCUUUAUAUAAAAUGAGAGAUGCAGGCUCGAUGUGCUACUGCAAAAACAAAUGUCUUUGCUUCAGCAUUCUGCUUUUUUUUCUGCUAUGUGGUCAGCCAUGCUACUCAUCAUGUAAUUUAUUACCAAAUUGUCAAUAUAAAUUAGACUACAUUAAAGAUCUGAACUAUAAAUAUUCCUAAUAAAGUUUGGAACAGUGUUAAUGAAACACUGCUUUUGAGGCGAAAAUGCUAUUUGUAGGUUUGAAAAGAAAUACAAGAAGAAGUGACAGUAUGGAAAAGUAGAAAGGAAACGAUAGAGUAGGUCAGUAUAGUUGAAUCCCUGAAAGAUUUCAUGAAUUUAUUUGCCUGUAAUAAUCGAAUUGAAACUCUGCAUUACCUGAUUUAAAUGAUGCAGGUAGUAACUCGCCCUAGGUCAAAAACACAGCACUCAAUACGACUCUUAGUUUGAUUUUAAGAUCAGUCAUAGCCUACCUCUAGCUACAACCAAAAAGUUUCAUAGCAGAAUAUAUCUAUGUGCAAAAAAAGAAAUGAUUGCUCCAUGUUUAGGCUGUCUCUGCUCGACUGUUAGUGAAAUGGUAACUGCUCUCACCACAGCAUCAGAGAAGUGUUUACUUCCGUAUAUUUUCUCAUACAAUUCAGCUACAUAAAUCAGUGGUCAGUCUCAAGCUGGUGUUACUGCCGUGUCUCGAUUCUUCUUUGUACCAUCCAGCAGGAAAUAGGAAACCCUCUCGCACUCCCUCUUCCCCCCCUGCCAGGUGUGUCUUGUGCUCUGUGUCAAAAACUACUAUCGCUGCACCUCAUAACAUUCUGAGAUUCUGCAUCAACUUUUUACUUAAUGCUGGCAUUAAGACAAGAUACACACCAGGGAAUGGAUUUUCACACUUUUUUUUUUUAAUAAAUGGUUUAUUUUCUUAAUUAUCGUUUAAGUUAUUGAUGGAGGAUUGCCUUUUCAUUUUCAGGUCAUGCUAUGAAGAAUAAUGUAAUUCUGUUUUUAUUGCUUACUUUGAUCCUUAAUUCCGUCAGGACUUAAGGAUGCUUUUUCUAAGUUACACGGUUUAAGCUUUCCCCCGUAUUUAAACAGGGAGGACUGUUAACUGAAGUGUUAUGUUUGACUUGUUUCUAAAUAAACUUUUUACAAAUGA